UUCUCAUGGAAUGGAAAAAUGUGUUUGUGUUUCCCUCUUUCUCAUGUCAACAAUUUUCAGUAGCCGGCAAUUGUGAUUUGUAUUGAAUACUUUCGUAAUUAUUGGUUCAAAUACUCCUAGACAAUUUGAUUUUAUUUUUUUGGCUUUCUAUCAGGCACUGCUCAGUUACAAAGCUACUGCCUUAUUGUAAUCAGAGGGCUAAGCAACAAGGACGGAACGAAGGAUGUAGGUCAAAGGAUUCUAAGAAAGCGUGAAAAAUUGACGAGCAACAAAGGAAGCUAAACGAUGCAGAAAGAGUAUGAUGUCAAUUUCCUGUUUCAAAAUUUUGAAAAGUUCCUGAAUUCACAAAUAGAUACCUGCAUCAGUCAAAUCAGAAUUUUAUCAACUAUGUGAACUCAUCAUCAGCUGCCAUUCAUUAAACUGUUCAUAUACUUUAAGGUAACCUACAAGCAUAUCCAUUCAAAUCAUUGAGUUCUAAUACUUGCAGAGAGGGGAGCCAGCCGAAAAUGAGGUCUAUAUUGAGGCAAAUGUUUUUGAACAGUGUGAAUCAUGUCCGCUCCAAUGCAUUAGUUUCCGCAGCACUUAAAAUAAAGAACGAGCAACUUGUUGUGGGAGAUAAGACAUACCCAUUGACCAAGAAUUAUUACUGUGUUGGAUUUGGCAAAGCUGUUCUUGGAAUGGCAUGUCAGGUGGAAGAGCUCCUACAGGAAAACCUCGUUCAAGGGAUUCUUAGUAUGCCUAUUGGAACAAGAAAACUGAACAAGCAUAAAGAUGGCUUAUAUCUCAAGGACAAUUCUAAAUUUUCUGUUUUUGAAGGAGCUGUGAACAACCUUCCUGAUCAGAGAGCCCUCGAAGCUGCCAAUAGCAUUAGCAAGCUGGUUACAGAUUUGAGAGAAGAUGAUGUUCUAUUAGUCCUCAUCUCAGGAGGUGGAUCUGCCUUAUUACCCCUUCCAAUAAAUCCAAUCAGUCUUGAUGAAAAAAUAGAAACCAUAAAAUUGCUAUCGUCUAAAGGGGCAACUAUCACCGAGUUGAAUGGAGUCAGACAAAACCUCUCCCAACUCAAAGGGGGGAAGUUAGCAACACUAGCAUACCCAGCACAAGUAAUAAGCCUAAUUCUGUCUGAUAUUGUAAAUGACCCAAUUCAUUUUAUUGCCAGUGGGCCCACCGCAGCUCCCCAGUGUUUGCCUAAGGAUGCAAUCGAUAUUUUAAAAAAAUACUCCGUGUAUGAUCAUAUACCAGAGAGCGUUUCAGCAACUUUAUGUAAAUCCGUGGAAGAACCUAUCGAUUUGAGUCACGUGCAAAAUUUAAUCAUAGGUAAUAAUGAGGUUGCUCUUGAAGGCAUUGCUGGCUUUGGUGGGAGCUACUUUUCUCUUUCAUAUAUACUGUCCAAUUCUGUUCAAGGUCUUGUUGAUAAUGUAGCUGAGUUUUAUACUGAAUUAGUCAAGCUCAUGUGCCGAAGUUACUUAGGCAUAGUGGUAGAGGAAGAGUUAGAAGUUCUAUUGAAUGAGUUACUAAAUAAGUAUGAUAUAGUUUUUUACCACAACAAGAGUAUUGCCGAUAAAUUGAAACUUUUUAAUGUAAUUCAACGAAGAGUAAAUAGACAGAAGCAGAAAAUACCCAGAACUUUAUGUUUCGUAAUGGGUGGUGAGCCGACAGUCCAGGUGAAAGGGAAUGGAAUAGGAGGACGCAAUCAAGAACUAGCACUGAAUUUAGGGCUUCGUUUGUCAGAGUUAGCUGCUACUAAUGAGUGGAUGAAACCAUUCAAAGUUUGGUUUCUGAGUGGUGGCACUGAUGGGAUUGAUGGUCCCACUGACGCAGCCGGAGCUAUGACUCACAGUUCUCAAAUGAGAGAGGCAGCAGAUCAAGGUUUAGAUGCACAGAAGUACUUGAUGAAUAAUGAUUCGUUCACUUUCUUCUCCAAACUAAAUAAUGGUGCAGAUCUCAUCAAAACUGGUCACACAGGAACAAAUGUCAUGGACAUCCAUAUUCUAGUAAUUGAGGUUGAUCCUUUUAAAUUAGGAGCCAUCUAAAAGGGCCUGAAAACUUGAACCAUGUUUCUUUGCAAAUAUGGAGAGAGCUAUUCAAUGAAAGUAGGGCGAGGAACAGAAAGGAAAAACGAAAAACAAGUUUCAUUGAGGGAGGAUGUGAAAUAACUUGAGCCAAUGGUGCUAUCCUCAGUAGGGCUAUAGUCCG